CCGCGUGGGAGCUGCGGGGCCUCCCGGCACCCCGCUAACCUUGAGAGCCUCCGUGUCUCGCAUGUCACGCCAGGCAGUGACAACAACAAGCUGUUAUUCCAGAUUAGAGAGGGAGGCAGAGAGAAAGUCAGAGACAAGAGGGUUGGGGGUGGCUGGUUUACCUAUUACAGCCAAAAGUGGGCAGGGGGCUAUUUUUAGCCUGGAGUGAGCCGUAUUUAUUGUUUCGGCCCAGGGGAGAGGAGGGACUGCCUCUGAGGUUCCUCCUGCGGCACCACCAGCGCCCGAGCGAAGCCAUGGCACCCAAGAAAGCCAAGAAGAGGAUCGAAGGUGCUAAUUCCAACGUCUUCUCCAUGUUCGAGCAGGCCCAGAUCCAGGAAUUCAAAGAGGCGUUCACCAUCAUGGACCAAAACCGGGACGGCUUCAUUGACAAGGCGGAUCUGAGAGAUACGUUUGCUGCGCUCGGGCGCCUGAAUGUGAAAAACGAGGAGAUUGACGAGAUGAUAAAGGAGGCGCCCGGCCCCAUCAACUUCACCGUGUUCCUCACCAUGUUUGGGGAGAAACUCAAGGGUGCUGACCCGGAGGAGACGAUCCUGAACGCAUUCAAGGUGUUUGAUCCGGAGGGCAAAGGGCUGAAAUCCGCCUACAUCAAAGAAAUGCUGAUGACGCAGGGUGAGAGGUUUUCCCAGGAAGAGGUUGACCAGAUGUUCGCUGCCUUCCCUCCAGAUGUCUCUGGCAACCUCGAUUACAAAAACCUCGUCCAUGUCAUUACACAUGGUGAGGAGAAGGACUAGACCGUGCACAUGGCCAGCGCUGGGGUUGGCUCUGCGGGAUCACCUCUCUCCAGCUCACACCGGGGGUCCCUUUGCCCCUCUCCCUCGUCCUCUCCAUGGCGAAGAUUUGCUUAUUGUGGAGAAAACAGCACUGAACAGCAUCCACAAUAAGUGUAUUUUGGUGAGAGGAAAUCACUGGUGUGAGCAGUGCUUGGGUUUGCCUGGAUGCAUGGUGUGAUGGUGCGUGGAGAGAGCUGUAAUGAUGCUGUGCCCUCCCAGGACAGCAGGGAACACCCAGCAAGUGGGAUCAUCCAGAACAUCAUCACCCAGAACCCCCCCAUGACAAAACCACGUCGGGUUGUGCAGUGAGGAGAACCAGACCCAGCCUCUGCUCCCCCUCAGCACACACUGCCCGCCCUGCCCCGGUGGUGCCGGAGCCGUGGGCUGCAGGCGAGCAGCUGCUCCCUCCCCCAGCUGUGGGUGAAACCGUGCUGAAAUAUCACCCGCGGAGAUUUGGGAGCCUGCGGAAGGCGUUGGGUUCCUUCCAGAGGGGACGGCAGCCGGAGCUGUGGCAGGACAGACACCGCAUGGGCACAGGCGCAGAGUUUGGGGACAAGACUUUCUUUAUUCCAGCAGCACCAGGCUCUCACGCCUGGAUGUCGUUUCGUCCCUUCUUGCCCGUGCUGCCGGCACUGCCCCGCUCCCUCUCACAGCUCUGGAGAACCAGCUCGCGCAGCCGCGCGUGGUCCAGCGGCGCCUCGACUGCCCGAGAAAAUGGCCGCCCCCCUCACACACCGCCCCACGGCACUUAUAUACCUGUCGGGGCGGGGCAGGCCGGCCGCAAUUGGUCGGGCAGCACAGGUGUCAGCCGGGAUUGGCUGGGCCGCCAGGAGGCCGUUGCGGAUUGGCUGGCGGCACGGCCGUAGCCCCUCCUUCCCCGCCCCGC